AUGGGUCCCUUCAGGUAUUUAAGUGAGGGGGGAUCUGGGGCUGGCCCUCACUUUGCCAGGGGAAAGGCACCGGCCAAAGAAACGUUGCAGAUCCAGGAUCACACGCAUAUCCUCUCCCUUUCCUGGACCAAGAGGGGGAAGAUACGGAACUGCCUUCACCCAUUCUAUUCCCCCUUCCCCUAUUUCAACGGUUUCUACGAGCGCUGCCUUCAAUACCGGUGGAAAAUGACGCCCUUUGACAGGAGCUCAACCCUUACCCAGUGUGAGCGCUUGAGUAUCCGGCCCCGUCGCUGCCCGCAGUGUUCCGAGUUCGAGGGCGGUUGCUCAGCCCAGGGACACACAACUGAAGGAGACGGAACAAACCUAAAAGAGGUAUAUAAGGCUGGAGAUUUGACUGUCCUUGCUGGGGACCGGGAGCUUCCUGACGGCCCAGUUCAAUUGGACUUCCAUUUCAAGCUCGGCAUCCCGGGCGCAACACAUUGGCAUGGUUUACUGCAAGGGCAGAUGCUCUUCCUUGACGCGCCUCACCAGGCCCUGGAACGCUGCAGCCGAGACAGCUUGACCGCGACCCUGGAAUACGUGGAAGAAGAGACGGACGUGGACCGGGUGUUUGUCAACUUCCGGAAAUGUCGAUCUGACCGUGGUAACUUACUCCGGGCAUUCAGCUACCUGGGCUUUGAACUCGUUCGACCCGGUCACCCUGCCCUGCCGCCUUGGAGGGAUGUCGUUUUCAUGGUGUACCCCCUGGAACGGGAAACGGGUCCCAAAGCAGCACAAGAGUCGCCGAAGCUAGGGGCGCCAAAUGGAGAGGAAGGGUCUGCGCUUGCGGAAAGCGCCUCCGGGCCAAUUUGACGAGGAAUGAGGGCGAGGAACUCCCCUGGCUGCUUCUCUGCCCCAGGGCAUUAAAGAA